AUGACUACCUCUAUGUUGGCGUGUGGAAAGGCAAACGCAUUCGGGGGGCUUAAACUGAGCUUCUUGCAAUGUUCACGCCAAUACUCGAAUGCUCCAGCACCAGCUGUCAAUGGCAAGCAUGCUUCCAGGAUUGAAUCUCCAGCGACGCAGCGAGAACUGUUUGUCAAUGUCCUCGAAGCGAAUGCGACCAGACGGGACGCCAAACAGUAUCUGGCUCGAUUCAAGCCUCCAAGGAAGUCGAAACCAGCUUCUGACACGAAGUCUCCUGAUAGCAACGAAGAGCAAAAUGCUCGUCUUCGUCAAGACCAACAGCGAGUAGAUCGCACCAGGGUGAAUUUGGGUGGCUUAUAUGCUCCUGCAAGAGCCAUUGCGGACACUCCUCAGUUCUCACAGCACAAAGAUGUUCAGGCCAAAGCCCAGCCACGUCAGGAAUUGCAUGUUGCGUUGACAUGUCUCCGAUAUCCCGAGAAGAUCGACGAUACAACAUUGGACGGUCUCGCAAGGACGCUUUCACAACUUGUCAAGCUUGACAUGAAGAUUGUCGUUGUUUUGGACUCGAAUGGACACGAUGCCAGCAAACCGGAUGAAGUUCGAGCUCGUCGAAAGCUGCAUGCAGAACAAGCAGAUCGGUUAUGUGAUGCCAUCGAUCGACACAACCCAGAGGGAGGACGACCAGUGCUCGAAGCACUUGAAGUUUCAGACUCUGACGGCGAUGUCCACGUCACAUUGCCCAAUCUACUAAUCGAGCCACUGAAACGUGGAAUGAUCACUGUCGUGCCCUCCUUGGCAUACACAGUCUCCGGUCAAAUCGUACCAGUCGCAACCACAGAUAUCAUGCUGGGGCUAACCAAGCACCUUGCUGGACUCGACAAGUCUUCCGCGCAGCUUGCAGAAUCGACAUCUCUGGAUAGAAUCAUCCUUCUUGACUCGGUUGGCGGAAUUCCUAGUAAGGACCGCGGGGACGGCGCACAUGUCUUUAUCAACCUUGAGCAGGAAUUUGAAGACAUCCACAAAGAGCUGUCUGAGUACGCAGCAGACGCGAAGGACAACAGCGAGUCUCCGAUCCGUCACACGGUGUAUGAACAGCAUCAGAAGAACAUGGACAUGAUGCGCCAGUGCCUGGAGCUGCUGCCCGCGGCAUCGUCGGCUUUGAUAGCCACCCCUCGAGAAGCGGCAAGUUCCUCGCGAGGUUCAAGCUCGAGACCACUCGAGACGGGCACGAGAAGGCAGAAGAACCCUCUCAUCCACAAUCUACUCACCAACAAGCCCUUGGUCUCUUCAUCCCUGCCUAGUGGUCGUUUUUCGAGUGGCGAGGGAGAAAGUACAGCACUAAGUGCAGCCACAGUCUUGCGACGAGGCAUGCCAGUCACCAUCGUACCAGCUGCGCCUCGUGCCACUGGAUGGCAAACACCUCUCAAAGGCAUCACUGAUCUGCGAUUAGAUCAGGAUCACCGAGUCGAUCUCCCACGUCUUGUUCAUCUGAUCGAAGAUAGCUUCAGGCGGAAGUUGGACGUUCAGCAUUACCUGCGUCGCGUACAUGGACGAAUAGCUGGUCUGAUUAUUGCUGGCGAGUACGAGGGUGGUGCAAUCCUGACGUGGGAGAUGCCUCCAGGAACAAACGAUCCAAAGCGAUUGGUUCCAUAUCUCGACAAGUUCGCCGUGCUGCAAUCGUCUCAAGGCUCGAGUGGCGUCGCAGACAUCGUAUUCCAAGCCAUGGUUCGAACAUGCUUCCCAAAAGGCGUUUGCUGGCGAAGCAGGAAAGACAACCCAGUCAACAAGUGGUACUUUGAGCGAUCAGCAGGGACCUGGCAGAUUCCAGACAGCAACUGGACGAUGUUCUGGACAGGUGAUGGAGUUGUGGAGAAUGAGGAGAGGUGGAAUGACUACGUCGGAGUUUGUAGGGAGAUUGGGCCAAGCUGGGCUGAUGGUAAGACACCAGACUGA